AUGGGACAGGGAUGGAGAUGGGGCCGGGCUGGAGGGUGAGGACAGCGAAGCGGCCGAACAGCGGCGAAGCACGAGCCCCGGGCCCAAGCACGCCUCCUUAUGACAUCACGCGCCCAAGAGGCGAUCGCGUGACGUCACAGGGCGGCUCGCCGUGGUUGGCCGCAGCCGCCGUUCGUCGCCCGGCGGGUCCCGCCUCCAGGCCCCGGCAGCGGCCCGGGCGCGGGGGGGGGGCGUGCGACGCCGGACACCGGACACCACCGGCCCCGGGGUGGGCGGCGAGGGCUCGGCUGCGGCGCGCAGUGACUUCGUGGGACAGACGAACGUCAUGGUGGACUACUAUGAAGCACUGGGGGUGAGCCGCAAUGCCACUGCUGAGGACAUCAAGAAAGCGUACAGGAAGGCCGCGCUGAAAUGGCACCCGGAUAAAAACCCAGACAACAAGGAGUACGCUGAGCAGAGGUUCAAAGAGAUCGCCGAGGCGUACGAAGUGCUGUCAGACAAACAGAAACGUGAUGUCUACGACCGUUAUGGCAAGGAUGGACUCAUGGGGGCAGGACCAGGAGGUUCCAGGGCUGAUGCUGGGGCCCCCGAAUUCACCUUCACCUUCCGCAGCGCUCAUGACGUCUUCCGGGAGUUCUUUGGCGGGCGAGACCCCUUCGCUGACUUCUUUGACGAGAUGCUUCCCUUCUCUGAGCUGCGAGGACCUGGCUCCCGGCACCAUGGGGGAGGCCGCUUCUUUUCCCCCUUCCCAGGAUCCUCAGAUUUCUUCACCUCGUCCUUCAGCUCUGGCGCUGAUGCUGGGCUGGGCUUCCGCUCCGUCUCCACUUCCACCACUUUCGUUAACGGCAAGCGCAUCACCACCAAGCGGAUUAUUGAGAACGGGCGGGAGCGAGUGGAAGUGGAGGAGGAUGGGGAGCUGAAGUCGAUCCACAUUGAUGGUGUCCCUGAUGAUAUGGCACUGGGGCUGGAGCUGAGCCGGCGAGAGCAGCAAGCGUUCCCUAGCCCGCGCCCCCGCUCGCCCCCACCAUCCACUCCAUACAAGCCCCCAAGCUCCUCACCUGUCUGCGUCUACACGGACAGCGAGGAUGAGGAUGAGGACUUGCAGCUGGCCAUGGCUUACAGCCUCUCCGAGAUGGAGGCCGCGGGGCACCACCGAGCAGGUGGGCACAGCCCCAGCGCCCCGCCAGUGCCGGGGGGCGGCAACAGCACCCCCUCCUCUGCCCGCAGGGCCCGUGGUCCCCGGGGGGGGCUGGAGCGGGAGCUGCUGGGGGCUGGGAGCCCCGGUGCAGUGGGGCACGAACCUGCCCCCAAAUCGAAGCAGUGGCACUGCCCCCUGCUCUGAGCAGGUUGGAGUUGUGACCUCCUGGUAGGGCCAGGGGGAGGAAAGCGUGGUGGGGGGCUCACUGCCUGGGGCUUGUCUCUUGCCUCCCCCAGCUAGGGAGGGGUCUCUCCCGCCCUGCCUCCUUGCUGCUGCUCAGGUGGGUGGGGAUCUGAGGGGGUGUCCAGUGUGUGGGGGCUGCCAGGAUUUGGGGUUGUGACUGGAAGUAGGGCCCUUGGUGAGGUCCCAGGAAGAGGGGCAGCUCCCUGCCCUGGCUCCUGGGGGUGUGGGCUACCUGCAGGCUCUGCCUGCUGCUCUCUCCGCCUGCCCUACAGCCAGGCAGGGGCUGCGGACGGUGCCUCUCCGGCUGCUGCCUGCCCCUGCCUGGGCUAGGGGCCCCGGGUCGAGCUCUCCCUCCUUGCAAAGAGGGGUACGUGCAUGGGAUCUGCUUGGUGCCUUGUGUCUGUCUCUUCCCCUCUGUUUGCUGUUUUUCCUGCCUGAACCCCCUCCUCCACUUUCUCUGUCUCCCGAUCUCAGACCCUGCCUGGUCACCCCCUUCCCUACGCCUUGGCCUGGGGGCACUGUCCCUCCCUGCUUCCUGCACCACCAGUGACUCUCAGUAAUGCUCACAGGCAUUCCCACCCUCACCACUGCCCACAGUCCUGCCUUGGCUCUCCUCCUCCUCCUGGGACCUUCCUGCCUCCCUCUCUGCCUCUUGCCAGCCCUGGACCGAGAAGGGUUUCACGGGUGCUGUUGUGUCCCCCCCUCCGCUUGUC